CGGAUCGGGGAAAUCUCCCACUCGGAUCUGGGAAUGGCCCGCUGGGACCGCGCUGUCCCGGGGGAUCCUUCCCCUUCCCCUGUGGGGGAUAAGAGGGCGGGCGGUGCACCGAGGCUGGGGAGCGGGGAAAGGGGGGGGCCACGAAGUUAUGGCUGAUGAGCAGCCACAACUGCUCAUCGGGGCUGGGCUUGGCUGCUGUGGCUACGGCACCCGUGCCAGCAGGGAGGUGAAAACCCUCCAGGGAUCGAGGAGAUGUUUCUGUGCUUGCUCCGGGGAUAUGCCUGUACAUGGUGACGAGCGAGGACAAGUGGCCGGAGCCUGGCAUCGCCCCAAGAAACGGCCCCUCCCUUAGGGAAGGUUUGGCAGCAGUGGUCCCAGUGGUAUCCUGCAGUCCAGGGAGAAGAAUGCUUUGGAAGUGAAGGACUGAGGGCAUGAGCAGUGCAGGAGUGCCCUCUUUCUGCAGCAGUUAUGUUCCACCGAGCCUGGCAGCUCUGUGGGAAGUGGUGCCGAUGGUCCAGCCCUUUCAUCCAUCUCCUCACUCUGACUGUGGUGACUUUUGGUGUGCUGGCCCCUUUGAUCUGCCACCGGCUCCUGCACUCUUACUUCUACCUGCGGCGCUGGCACCUGAACCCCAUGAGCCGGGAGUUCCUGGAGCAGAACCAGCAGGAGGGCCAGGAUGCCCUCCAUUACUUUGAGAAGAUGCAGAUGCCAAAUGCCUCUGAGGCCUCCGGCAGUGACGCCUUCCAGCCCUUGCUGCUGAUCACCAUUAUCACUGUGCAGAGGCAGAAUGAUUUCCACUACGUCUUGCAAGUGGCCUCCCACUUCCACCGCCUCCUCCAGAAAUGUGGGGCGCAUUGCCAGAGCUACCGCAUGCUCCUCUGUAAUGUGGAGUCGGACCCCAGCAGCCAUCAAGAUGUUAGGCUGCUGAGCAGCCUCUUUCCUACGGUCAGUCGUGACAGAACUGGAGAGAAUCCUGACCCCAGCCUGAACCAGUUCGAGAAGGAGAAGCAGGACUAUGUUUUCUGCCUGGAGCAGUCACUGUUAGUGUACAGCCCAGAGUACAUCCUCCUCGUGGAAGAUGACGCCGUGCCAGAGGAGGAGAUAUUUUCUGUCUUGCAGCACCUCUUCUCGUCCCGAUUCUCCAAGCCCUACCUCAGAGACGCUCUCUACUUCAAGCUGUACCAUCCUGAGAGGCUCCAGCGCUACUUUAACCCCGAGCCCAUGAGGAUACUGGAGUGGCUGGGCCUGGGCAUGUUCCUGGGGCCAGUGCUGAGCUGCGCCUACUGCUGGGCCGUGGGGCGGGUGGGCCCCGGCUGGUGCCUGGUGGCGUUCUUCGCCCUGUACAGCAUGGCGCUGUCGGAGCUGGUGGGGCGGCACUACGGGCUGGAGCUGCGCCGCCUGCACCCCGCGCUCUACAACGUGGCGCCGGCCAGCGAGUGCUGCACGCCUGCCAUGCUCUUCCCCUCUGCCUCUGCCCGCCGGGCCUCGGGAUACCUGCGGGGGCUGCGCUGCCGCCGGGGCUUCGCCAAGGACACUGCCCUCUACUCGCUGCUGCGGGACAAGGGCGAGAACGCCUUCGUGGUGGAGCCCAACCUGGUUCGGCACGUGGGGAUGUACUCCAGCCUCCGACUGAACGGUGACCCAAAACUGCUGUGAGCUGCUCCUGCCUUGCCGCACACAAACACCCAGUGCACUCACCGUGGGGCAGAGGGACAGUGUGUAAACUCGGAUUCUGUGCUGCUUGCACUGGGCAUCUCAUGUCUCCACGUGGGCAAAGAAUAACUCUCUCUAAAAGUACAAGUUUUCUUAAAAAAAUCAGCUUUUGUUCAUGGAGACCCUAUUUAAUACGAACUUGGAACUAAUCACCAUGCACCACCUGGGAGGGAAGUGGAGGAUUCCAACUCACUCUCCUUAGCCAUUCCCAAAGAAAAGCUCUCACACCAACAUGCACGGCUUUCCUGCCUACUCUUCCUGGACAGUAGUUACAAAAAUCCUCACAUUAGGACAGCAGAAAUGUUGGAGAAAGUGAAUGUUUCAAAUUUAAGCUAACGAGGAGGGGAAGGCCUUAUUUCCCCGUCCUUACUAAGGUCUCAUCUCUGACCUGUCUCUGUUCCAAAGCUGUGGUUUUGAGCAGACCUUUCAAAAGCAGAAGUGAUUUGCAGGAACUUUCCCAGAAAUUCUGCCUAGAUACUUCAAAGUUUUGAAAUCUCUUUAGUUACUGUCUCCCUAUCUGCACCUCCACCAUUCCCACUUCUUUUGCUUCAACCAGAGGCUCUUAAAAACAAAACCUCUGCUGCUUCAUUAAAGGUCACCUCUGUAAAUAGGGAUAGGAAAACAGAACCACAGCCACUGGUGUCACACAGCCACUGGUGUCACACAGAUGGGCCCCAAAGGCACAUUUUCAUUGAUACACGACACACAUUGUACACAAUGAUUACUGUGUUGGUUGGGAUCAUCACUCGUACUGAAUCCAUUAAAAGAGGUCUUGUCAGCCACUGAAUGAACUUAGACAUUCAACAUGAAUUUACUUUGACUUUUCCUCAGCACAGAGGCAAAGAAGAGAUUAUAUCAGGUGUUGUUGUUGUGUAGGAUCCUUGUUCAUUCUGGAGCUGUAAUUCACAGCUCAGCUGGAGGGGUUCCUUCACUGCUCCUGGCAGAAAGCAAAAUACCUGUGGGAAGCAAAGACAGCUGUUCACAAGAACAAUCAAUAAUAGCACAGCACAUCAAGGGGCAACUAACAAUGACCACGUCUCCUGGUUGUUAGGCAUCUGGGAGAAGUACUUUGCACCAGGGCUGUGGGCAGAGUUAAAUAGAAAACCUUACAGGUGACAAGAGAUCUCAUACUGAAUGAAAACAGGCAAAAAUUUGGCAUAUCUGAUGAAAAGCCUACUUUGGCUUUAGUUAGCUUUGAAUCAAAUUCAUUUCAAGGUGGCAUUUAGUUGAACUAUUUUAAAAUAUUCCUUGCUUUGGAACCAACCAAGAAAAUCUUUUUUGUUGCGUUUAAUCAGUGGGGGUUGUUUGGUUCUUUCUUUUUGGUAACAAAUGGGCUCUGCUUUUAAUUUUCUUGUCCCAGCUCUCUUCCAGGGGAUUUAUGCCUUAAGCUCUUAACAAGUCUGAUUGUAGGGGAGAAAUACCUAAAGCUCUUGAGUGAUGAAACCAAAGAAAAUGGCAACACUCCCUCUGUCAGCACAGUGGGUAUCAGUUCCACGGACAAAGGCACAGUGCAGGUUAGCUGAGAAACAGCAUCAGAGCAGUGCUUUGCUCUCCAGUAAUCAGCUGUAUACCUUCAAAACAUCUUUGGAAAUUAGAGUAAAAACUUCUUGUGGGUUCCAUUCCAUCCCAAAGGCCUUUAGGCCCCCUGUCAGAGGACACCAGGAAAAUGGCACAGUCAAAACCACAUUUUGUUCCCAGCCACUGGAAGCCCUGGAGAUGCCAGGGUAGUCACACCGUGGCAGGUGGGCAAAUCUCUCCUCUGGCUUCACUGCACUGGAGUUUGGGUGUCGGGGUUUGAGUGUCACUGUGUAUUUAUUCCACCAAGUGCCUGCACGUACAACUGGUUUCUGUAUCUUCAGCUGUGAAUGUUUCAGUGCGUGCUCUUCUCUCUUUUAUAUCCUUGUACUGUACAAAUCCAGGACAGUGCUCUGUUCUUUCCAUUCUUAUUCAUUCUUGCAAAGAAAAUCUCACAGCAAGAAAUGAGAGAAAAUGGAAAAAGGAAGAGGGGAAAGCAAGCAAGCAAGCAAACAAGCAAGAAAGCAAGCAAGAAAGAAGUUGUGUCCAGUUAAUAAAUGUUUUGUUGUGAGGAAAUGA